GACACCGCCGCGGGCUCCCCGGUGCGCUCGCCGGGGCAACCCAGGUGCAGCGAGGGGGGGUCCCGGUGCCGGUGCCGGUGCCGGUGCCGGUCCCUCCCAUCCCGCUGGGCGCGGAGCCGCCAGGAACUGCCCCGGGUUUUCCUGCCCGUCCCAUCCCAUCCCGUCCCGGUGCGGAGCGGGGCCGGGCGCGGCGAGGCGCAGCCCGGGGACCCCGGCCCAGUAUCGGUUCUGCUUUCGAGGGGCGGCGGCGGCGGCGAUGAUUUCGCAGGGGCGGGAGCCACCUGCCCGGGAUUCCCCACCUGCCGCCGCCCCAUAAGAGCCCGGUGGCGGCCCCGGUGCAGGCACAGACCGACCUUCGAUGGCUCCGCUCCGCCGCCUCCUCCUCUGCCUCUGCCUCGCUCUGCUGCUGCCGCCUCCCGCGGCACCGGCACCGACACCGGCACCGGGCCGCCGCCCCGACUGGGCCGCCUGCAGGAUCCUCUCCCGGGAGCUGUCGCGGCUGCUGGCGACCGUCAAAGAGCCGCACUCGGCGCUGGAGGGGAUGCAGCUGAUGGAGGAGGACCCCCAGAAUUGGCCCCCCCGGAUCCGCUGCAGCGAUUCCUGUGACCCGCUCACGCUGGAGAGCAACAACACGCGCUGCCUGCACCGGAUCCGCCAGGCGCUCCAGCACUACCGGGACCUGCUGGGCUCCGACAUCUUCCGGGAGCAGCCCCAGCCCCAGCUGGAGACCACCAUGGAGCAGCUGCUGCGCCACGUCCAGGAGGGUCCCGGCCGCCCCCCCCGGCCGCCCCCCCCGGCCCCCACCAAGGUCUGGGCUCACCCGUUCCAGCGGCACCUGGCCCUGAAGCGGCUCCGCUCCUUCGCCGCCGUCAUCGGCCGCGUCUUCAACCACAGCGCCCGCUGA